AUGGCAAACUCUAAUGAUGUUAUAUGUAUUAUUGAAGAGAUUACUCAAGUUGUUGUUAAAAGUUUAGUUCAAAAGCACAAAUUUCCUUUGUUACAAACAAAACGUAAUUGUAACGUAAGAUGUCCAAGGUUCACAGUUAAGAAAAAAAAAUACUUCAAACUUCUUGUUAUCCUUUCUACAAUUUAUGAAUUAAUAUUAACAAAUAAACAGUUCACAGUAAGGGAACUCUAUUAUACUCAUAAAACAAUUUUUAAAGAUCAGACAGAAUUAGAAAAUUUAAUUAGAGACAUCAAAUUACUGUUUGGAGUUAACGACUUAAAUAUACUGCAUUUAACCCAUACCCCACGAGGAAUAUUAUUUGGUGAAGUUACACUUGUAACACCUAUUUAUGUAAUGGAUUUUACUAAGAAGCUUCAACUACCAAUUCUUUCGUCUCCAUUUCAAUUUAUUAUUCCUAAUCGAAGAUGUUUUCUUUUAAUUGUAGAAAAGGAAGCAUUUUUUGAGCGAUUAGUCCAGUCUCAUUUAAGUGAUCAAUUUCCUUGUAUUAUCUUGUGUAGUAGGGGAUUUCCAGAUAAUGCAACAUUUACUAUUGCUCACCACUUAACACAAAAACUAAAUAUAAUCCCAUGUUGUCUUGUUGAUGGUGACGUUUAUGGUAUUGAAAUUUUCUUGACUUUUUUGUGUGGUAGUUGGAAAAAGAACGGAAUUUCAAGAAUAUCCAAACAAAAUGAUGAAGGAAUUUCAUUAUUAAGAUGGAGUUUAUUAAGACCAUCAGAUACCAAAGGAAUAUCUCCAUUAACUGAUCGAGAAAAAGUUAUUGCAAAUCAUAUGUUAGAAUCAGAAGUGGUUAAGUGUAAUCAAGAAAUUGAGUUAGAGAUUAAAACAUUACUCAAAAACAAUACUAAAAUGGAGUUAGAUGAAUUAGCCAAUACUAAUGUAUCAUUUUUUGAAACAACUAUUAUUUCGAGUUGUCUUCAUCAUUCAACACUUUUUAAAAUUCCAAUAGAUGGUAAAAAAAAUUAA